CUGACGGGGCAGCGAAGAGCAGUGGUAGAAGAGCACGAAAGGCACGUUCAUUGUUCUCUCUGUGCUAUCAAUCAUAUCAUUUCCUCCUCCAUUCUCAAUCUCACUCCCAAAACCUCCCUUCGAUAAAACUCACAACAAUUUCGCAUUCUAACCUCUCAAUCAAAUCAUCGCUCACCUUCAGGAGCAGCAUGGAUUUGCCCUUGGGCAGUGAGGAUCCUGCUAUACUUAAGUUGCACAACUGGGAUCCCUCCGAGGUCCAGAUUGAGCUUUCGGACUUUCGCGAAGCUUUUAUUUCUCCUACGAGAGAGGUUCUGCUUUUGCAUUCUUAUCAAAGUGAAGCUCUUUUGCUUCCUCUGGUUAAAGGAGAGUCACAUUCUAGCUGUCCGAAAAGUGGCCACGAUUCUAGUGAUCACGAUCCAGGUUCAUCGAGUAUUUCCUCGCAGGCAUUCACUAGGCCUAGUGAUUCAGGUUUGGUGAAUGAUUUACCAUGCACUUCAGGAUCAGAAUUUGAUAUUGAUACUGAUCAUAGUGAAAUUAAAUGUUCAAGAUCUUAUAGUCACUCAUUCAUUAGUGGUGUGAACUCGUUGGCCUGGGCUUGUUGUGGGGACAGUUAUGAUCAGCACAAUGAUGCUUCAUUUAGAGAAUUUUUAUUUGUUUCUGGGAAAUCUGGGGUGACAGUCCAUGCUUUUUCAAAACGGACUAAAGCCAGAGGAAAAGUUCAAGCUGUAUUAGAGGAUAGCUUUAGGCAAGGAAGGUGGGUCAAAUGGGGGCCUGCCGCUACAUUAGCCCAAAAUAUGGAAGUGGGAGGAUCUUCCAGCCUUAGCCGUGUCUCUGGGGACCAGAAUGUAAAUUUGACUCAUGGAGAUGAUGAAGUUGAAUUAUUGAGAGGCUCCGUGACUAAGAAAUACUUUGAAUCAUUUUUCACAAAAGUUGAAACUUUUGUAUCUGAUGGUAGUCUCAGGACCAAGUUCCCUGAGAAUCAUGAAUUUCCUUGCUCUGCAGAAGUGGUUUCUUUCAACAUAUUUGAUGGCAGUCAAUCUCUGGAAUAUCUCUUCGAAGAUAAAACAUUCCAAAGUAAGGAGAAUUGGAAGCAACCAGCUGAUUCUGCAGAUGCUUCUGAGCACUCCAGCUUGUGUAGUGCAGAUACUAAAUCUGAUUGUUUUUCCAAUGUAUUUGGUAUUGAAAUUAAUGGGUUCUAUGAAUGCCCUAGAGUCUUCUCAAGUGCUUCAUAUUGCUUUGUGGGAUUUUUUUUGACAUUAAUGCAUCAUGUGCCUGUCAGUAUCAGUGAUGCAAAUCAAAGAGACAGGAGUAGGAAUUUGCUUCUUGUUGCUAAGUUAGACGGUUGGGGUUUUCAGUGGGUUUCGGUGGUGAGGCUUGAUGAAAAAAUAAACACAGUUCAGGCAGUUGAUUGGGUGGAUUUCCAAUUUUCUGAUAAUCUUCUUGUCUGCCUUAAUUCUUCUGGCUCUAUUAUUCUCUAUUCUGCAAUGUCUGGUGAAUUUUUGACAUGUUUAAAUGUUUCACAAGCUUGUAGACUUAACCCUCAUUUUGUUUCGCAAGGGUCAGAAAAAUUGCACUUGAGUGAUCAUUCAUACAUUAAAGAAGAGCCUGACAUUAAGGAUAGUUUGUCUAAUCAGCUGAGUGAUUCUUUUAGGAGAUCAUUCAAAAGGUUAGUCAUCGCUUCACACACACCCCUUUUAGCCGUGAUUGAUGAAUGUGGUGUGAUCUAUGUGAUAUCUUUGGGCGAAUAUGUUACCGGCAAUAAUUAUUCAUCUGACCAGUUGGUUCCACUUUGUCCACAAUUUGGGCUGGGGAUGUUGGUUGGCUGGGGAGUUGGUGGUUCUGAUAUAGAUCAUCAAGUGGUACGCUCUAAUCGUUCAGGUUAUUUCAAAUCAAAUGAUUCAAACAUAAAAAACGCAAGUGUUUCUUCCCCAGAGGUGAGUAAUGUGGUUCAGAAAAUUGGUGGCUGCAUGUUUACAGAAAAAGAGGAUUUGUAUGGCUCCUAUUCAAGUGGUUUUUCUGCUGCUUCUAAAGUAACUGAUGAUCACAAAUUUCUUGGUUCUGAUGUGAAGCCACAUGUUAUGAGAAAGAUAUUAAUUCCCAACUUUAGAGUUAGUGUGGAUGACUCUAUUUGUUUUUCUCCUUUGGGAAUUACUAUUCUCUCAAAAAUGAAGUGUGUAAAGAAUCAGAAAGUCUCUCAACUUGUCCAUUUUAAUCUGCAAGCGAAGUUAGAUGUCCAUGAUGACAGCUCUCUAGACAGUGUAUAUGAUCUAUACCAAUUUAAUGGAAAAGAAGAAACUGUUAUUGGACAAGCUAUUGGUUGCACAUUCCAGGGUUGUUUUUAUAUUGUGAGAGAAGAUGGACUGUCAGUCAAUAUUCCCUCUGUUUCAAUUUUAAAAGAAUUUCUUCCUGUUGAGUACAUUGGUUAUGACCAAUCAAGUAAAGAUGUUGGGAUAUCAUUUCUACUUAAAGACAAUGUGGAAAUAAACGAACCAACCAAAAGGUUUUCUCCUUGGAAAGUUGAAAUUUUGGACAGAGUUCUUCUUUAUGAAGGCACUGAAGAGGCAGAUCAACUGUGUUUGAAAAAUGGAUGGGACAUCAAAGUAUCUCGCAUACGUCAGUUACAAAUAGCAUUGGACUACUUGAAAUUUGAUGAAAUAGAAAGAUCUUUGGAAAUGCUUGUCGAUGUGAAUCUAGCAGAAGAGGGAGUUUUGAGAUUGCUUUUUGCUGCUGUUUAUCUUAUGGUUAAUAAAAGUGCCAAUGAUAGUGAAACUUCUGCUGCUUCAAGGCUUCUUGUACUGGCUACUUGCUUUGCAACAAAGAUGCUUCGUAAAUAUGGGUUAAGACAACAUAAAAAAGAUACAUACAUAUCAGAUUUCAACAAGACGGGAUUACUUUCUCUUCCCCCAGUUGAACCAGUUAAACUACAAACUGAAGUGGACUUCGCUCAAAAACUUCGUGAGAUGGCUCACUUUUUGGAGAUCACCCGAAAUCUGCAAUCUAAGCAUAGGUCAACAUUCCAAAGGGCCCAGCAAGGAUCGGUACGCAGUGGCGAAGAGUCACCUUUAAUGAGCACAGGAUUGUUGCUGGAAGAAUCUCAACUUCCUGUUCUUCCAUCAGAUGUAGAUUCAUUGGAUAAGUUAAACCGUGAGCUUUCUCUUCCCACACCCGAAUCAGGUAGCAACAAUAAUGAAAAUCUUGCGCUUGUUCCUGUUGAUUCCAAGUCUCAUUUGGUGUCAGAAGAAUUUGGUAAAUUUUUUCCUGUGGAAAAUCCAAGAGAAAUGAUGGCACGCUGGAAGGUGGAUAAUCUGGACCUUAAGACUGUGGUUAAAGAUGCUCUGCUUUCUGGCCGUCUCCCUUUGGCAGUGCUUCAACUGCAUCUCCAUCGAUCGGAGGAUUUUGUUGCUGACAAAGGGCCUCAUGAUACUUUCACUGAAGUUCGCGACAUUGGCAGAGCUGUUGCUUAUGACUUAUUUUUGAAGGGGGAAAGUGAACUUGCCGUUGCAACACUUCGUAGACUUGGAGAGAACAUUGAAUCCUGUCUUAAACAGCUUUUGUUUGGCACUGUUAGGAGAUCCCUACGAGACCAGAUCGCUGAGGAAAUGAAAAAAUAUGGUUAUCUAGGACCAUAUGAGUUGAAGAUAUUAGAAGACAUGUCACUGAUUGAGAGUGUAUAUCCUAGCAGUAGCUUCUGGAAUACAUAUCAUCACCACCUGAAACACACCAGUAUUCCAUCAGAACCUGUUUUACCAACAGAAAAUAGAAUAAGGCUCUUGCAUAACCAUUCAUUUGAUAGGCUUGUCAUUGAAUGUGGAGAGAUUGAUGGAGUUGUCUUGGAUACGUGGAUGAAUAUUGAUGAAAGUUCAUCUGUUCUGGAAGUUGAUAAAGAUGAUGUGCAUGCUGGAUAUUGGGCUGCGGCUGCUGUUUGGUUCGAUACCUGGGAGCAAAGAACCGUUGAUCGUAUGAUAUUGAAUCAAUCUCUUCCUUCAGACAUUUCUUUAUUGUGGGAGUCACAACUUGAAUACCAUUUGUGUCGUAAUCAUCGGAAGGAAGUCCUUAGACUGUUAGACUUGGUUCCUGCAUAUGUCCUAUCUGCUGGAAGCCUUCAACUCAAUUUGGAUGAUUUACAGUCAGCCUCAUCUUUAGGAUGCAAUAUGAAGUCUUCUAAUUAUGAAAAUUUCAUAUGCUCUAUUGAAGAGUUGGAUUCCGUAUGCAUGGAAGUUCCAGAUGUCCAAAUAUAUAGGUUUUCACCUGAUAUUUGCUCUGGGUGGAUGAGGAUGCUAAUGGAGGAAAAGCUUGCAAAAAGAUUUAUAUUUUUGAAGGAAUAUUGGGAAGGGACAACGGAAUUGAUAGGUCUACUGGCUCGUUCAGAUUUCAUAUCUGGCAAAAAUAAGAUCCGGGUUGAUGAUCUCAAUGAAACUUCAUCAAUUAGAGAUGGAGCUGUACAAGCUUUGCAUAAAACAUUUGUGCAUCACUGUGCACAAUAUAACUUGCCAAAUCUUUUGGACCUUUAUCUUGACCAUCAUAGUUUGGUCCAUGAUCACGAUUCCCUUUACGCAUUACAACAAACUGCAGUUGAUUGUGAAUGGGCUAGAUGGUUGUUCUUAUCUAGAGUUAAGGGGUGUGAAUAUGAGGCCUCACUUGCCAAUGCUCGCUCAAUAAUGUCACGUAAUUUAGUUCCUAGUAAUGACCUCAGUGUUCUGGAUUUAGAUGAAAUAAUUCGAACUGUUGAUGACAUUGCUGAAGGAGGUGGAGAAAUGGCAGCUCUGGCAACCCUAAUGCAUGCUUCUGUCCCUAUUCAAAGCUGCUUAAGUAGUGGUGGUGUGAAUAGGCAUAGUCAUUCCUCUGCCCAGUGCACAUUGGAGAACCUUAGGCCAACUUUGCAAAGGUUCCCCACAUUGUGGCGCACUCUUGUAGGAGCAUGUCUUGGACAAGAUACAGUGGGCUUGUUGGUCCCUAAAGCAAAAACUGCUCUAUCAGACUAUCUUAGUUGGCGUGAUGGCAUCUUCUUCUCUACUGGACGUGAUGCGUCACUUUUACAAAUGCUUCCGUGUUGGUUUCCUAACCCUAUACGAAGAUUGAUACAGCUUUACGUCCAGGGUCCUCUAGGAUGCCAAUCAUUUUCAGGGUUCCCUUUAGGGGAAGCUUUGUUACACCGAGAAAUUGAUUUAUUCAUAAGUACUGAUGUGCAUGCUGAGAUAAGUGCAAUCUCCUGGGAAGCAACUAUCCAACGACACAUUGAAGAAGAACUACAUGGUCCUUCACUUGAGGAAAAUGGAUUUGGGCUUGAGCACCAUUUGCAUCGUGGAAGAGCAUUGGCAGCUUUUAACCAAAUUCUUAGUCAUAGAGUUCAAAAUCUGAAGUCAGAGCAGGAAGCAACUACUUCAGUCCAUGGACAGACUAACAUUCAAUCAGAUGUUCAGGCACUUCUUUCACCGCUAGGACAAAGUGAAGAGGGACUACUUUCUUCUGUUAUGUCAAUUGCUAUAAUGCAUUUUGAGGAUUCUAUGCUUGUUGCUUCAUGUGCUUUUCUUCUGGAGCUGUGUGGUUUAUCUGCCAGCAAGAUGCGCAUCGAUAUUGCUGUGCUAAAACGUAUAUCUGCUUUCUACAAAUUAAGUGAAAAUAAUGAAAAUCUUAGGCAAUUAUCGCCUAAGGGGUCAGUGUUUCAUGCAAUAUCCCAUGAAGGUGAAGUCACAGAAUCUCUUGCUCGAGCUCUAGCUGAUGAAUAUUUGCACAAGGAUUCUCCUGUUGUUGCAUCCGAGACAGGAGCUCCAAGUAAACGACCUUCACGAGCUCUUACACUUGUCUUGCACCAGUUGGAAAAAGCAAGCCUUCCACGAUUGGUUGAUGGAAAUACCUAUGGGGCAUGGCUAUUAAGUGGAAAUGGUGAUGGAAAUGAGUUAAGAUCUUGCCGCAAGGCUGCUAGCCAGCACUGGAAUUUGGUAACAACUUUUUGUAGGUUGCACCAGCUUCCGUUAAGUACCAAGUACCUUUCUGUAUUAGCUAGAGACAAUGACUGGAUUGAAUUUUUGUCCGAAGCUCAGAUUGGAGGGUAUUCAUUUGAUACAGUAGUCCAAGUGGCAUCAAAGGAGUUUAGUGAUCCAGGUCUCAGACUUCACAUGUUGGCAGUUUUGAGAGGAAUGCACUCAAAGAAAAAGGCAAGCUCUGCUUCAUUCUUGGACACACUGGACAAAAGCAGUGAAACGUCCUUUCCUGAUGAAAACAUGUGUAUUCCUGUUGAACUCUUCCAAAUAUUAGCUGAGUGUGAAGGGAAAAAAUCUCCUGGAGAGGCUCUCUUGGCGAAGGCAAAAGAGUUGUCCUGGUCAAUGUUGGCAAUGAUUGCUUCAUGUUUCCAUGAUGUCUCUCCAUUGUCAUGCCUGACAGUUUGGUUGGAAAUCACUGCAGCAAGAGAAACUUCAUCCAUCAAGGUGAAUGAUAUUUCUUCCCAGAUUGCAGACAAUGUUGGAGCAGCUGUAAAUGCAACUAAUACCCUCCCUGUAGGUGAUAGAGUGCUUACAUUUCAUUACAAUAGGCAGAGUCCUAAGCGACGGAGGUUAACAACUCCUGUGUCACUGGACUCAUCUGCUUCUGUAAUGUCUAAUAUCUCAAGUACCUCUACAAGAGAAAAAAUAUUUGAUUCCCAAGGUAAGACUACAGAGGAUGAAAGAAAAGCAGAAUAUCCUGGAUCUGUUAAUGUUGCGAGUGAUUCCGAUGAAGGGCCUGCUUCUCUUUCCAAGAUGGUUGCAGUGCUUUGUGAACAACAAUUGUUCUUGCCUUUGCUAAGGGCGUUUGAGAUGUUCCUUCCAUCAUGCCCCUUGCUGCCAUUCAUCCGUGCUCUUCAGGCAUUUUCGCAAAUGCGCCUCUCAGAAGCAUCUGCACAUUUGGGCUCCUUUUCUGCACGGAUUAAGGAAGAACCAAUGUACAUACAGGCAAAUAUAGGAAGAGAGGGGCAGAUUGGGACAUCAUGGAUUAGUUCUACUGCUUCUACAGCUGCUGAUGCUGUGCUGUCAACCUGCCCCUCUCCUUAUGAAAAAAGAUGCUUGCUGCAACUUCUUGCUGCCACUGACUUUGGUGACGGUGGAUAUGCAGCGGCAAACUAUCGAAGGUUUUAUUGGAAAAUUAGUUUAGCAGAGCCUAUACUUCGUAAAGAUGAUGAGUUACAUUUGGGUGAUGAAAUUUCGGAUGAUGCUUCACUCUUGUCUGCACUAGAAAAAAAUAGGCGUUGGGAGCAAGCAAGGAACUGGGCUAAGCAGUUGGAGGCCAGUGGUGCAGCCUGGAAAUCUGCUGUGCAUCAUGUUACUGAAUCUCAGGCUGAAUCUAUGGUAGCUGAAUGGAAGGAGUUUCUUUGGGAUGUGCCGGAAGAAAGGGUUGCUUUAUGGAGCCACUGCCACACACUAUUCAUCAGAUAUUCCGUCCCUUCUCUUAAUGCUGGGUUAUUUUUUCUUAAACAUGCUGAAGCUGUUGAGAAAGAUCUUCCUCCAAGGGAACUUCAUGAACUUUUAUUGCUUUCUCUGCAAUGGCUGAGUGGGAUGAUUAGUCUUUCCAACCCCGUCUGUCCAUUGCAACUUCUGCGUGAAAUUGAAACCAAAGUGUGGCUCUUAGCCGUUGAGUCUGAGACUCAGGUGAAAAGUGAAGGAGACUUCAAUUUUGCCUUUUCUAUUAGGGAGAAUGCUGUCAAGAAUGACUCCAGUAUUAUUGAUCGAACUGCAAGUAUAAUAGGAAAGAUGGACAACCAUAUAAAUACGAGGAAUAGAACUGUAGAAAAAUACGAGUCCAGGGAAAAUAACCAAAUCCUUCAUAAGAAUCAAGCGGUUGAUGCCGGUCUUUCAACUACUUUUGGUGGGAGUACAAAGACAAAAAGAAGGGCCAAAGCAUACAUGACAACAAGACGUCCACCUCUAGAAUCAGCAGAUAGAAGUGCUGAUACUGACGAUGGCUCCAGUAGUCUCAGUUUAAAACAUGAGUUGCAGUUACAAGAAGAAAACUUAAAACUGGAAAUGUCUUUUUCUAGGUGGGAGGAAAGGGUUGGAGCAGCAGAGCUGGAAAGGGCUGUACUUUCUUUGCUGGAAUUUGGGCAAAUUACUGCUUCCAAGCAACUACAAUAUAAAUUCUCUCCUGGACAAGUACCAUCUGAGUUUAGACUUGUCGAUGCAGCCUUGAAGCUUGCUGCUAUUUCAACUCCUCCUAGCAAAGUAUCAGUGUCAAUGCUUGAUGAGGAUGUGCGAUCAGUUUUGCAGUCGUCUGGUAUACUGAAUGAUAAGCACCAUCUUGACCCACUGCUGGUUUUGGAGCGUUUGGUGAUCAUUUUUACCGAAGGUAGUGGACGUGGGCUAUGUAAGAGAAUAAUAGCAGUUAUUAAAGCUGCAAACACCUUGGGCCUCUCUUUUUCUGAGGCAUUCAACAAGCAACCAAUUGAACUACUACAGCUGCUUUCUCUUAAAGCACAGGAGUCCUUUGAGGAGGCAAACUUUUUGGUGCAGACUCACCCAAUGCCAGCGGCAAGUAUUGCUCAAAUACUUGCAGAAUCUUUCCUGAAGGGAGUGUUGGCUGCACAUCGUGGAGGAUAUAUCGAUUCGCAAAAGGAGGAAGGGCCGGCUCCACUGCUGUGGAGAUUUUCAGACUUCUUGAAGUGGGCAGAGCUUUGUCCCUCUGAACCAGAGAUCGGGCAUGCUUUAAUGCGUUUGGUGAUAACAGGACAAGAGAUACCACAUGCCUGCGAGGUUGAGCUUCUUAUUCUGUCUCACCACUUCUACAAGUCAUCUGCUUGCCUUGAUGGAGUUGACGUUCUUGUGGCCCUUGCUGCAACUAGAGUUGAUGCUUAUGUCGUGGAGGGUGAUUUUCCAUGUUUGGCUCGUCUGAUAACUGGAGUUGGAAAUUUUCAUGCUCUCAAUUUCAUUCUUGGCAUUCUUAUAGAAAAUGGUCAACUGGAUCUUCUUCUUCAGAAGUACUCUGCUGCUGCAGACACAAACACAGGCACUGCUGAGGCUAUCAGAGGAUUCCGAAUGGCUGUUCUUACAUCUUUGAAGCAUUUUAACCCUAAUGACCUUGAUGCAUUUGCCAUGGUCUACACUCAUUUUGAUAUGAAACAUGAGACAGCCGCUCUUUUAGAGUCACGUGCAGAGCAAUCAUGUGAGCAGUGGUUUCGCCGAUACUACAAGGACCAGAAUGAAGACUUAUUGGAUUCCAUGCGCUACUUCAUUGAAGCUGCGGAAGUUCACUCGUCAAUCGAUGCCGGCAAUAAAACACGUAGGGAUUGUGCUCAGGCCUCCCUUUUGUCACUUCAAAUACGAAUGCCGGAUUUCCAGUGGCUUUACCGAUCAGAAACCAAUGCCAGGCGUGCAUUAGUUGAGCAGUCUCGUUUCCAAGAAGCGCUAAUUGUAGCUGAAGCUUAUAACCUUAACCAACCAGGUGAGUGGGCUUUGGUGCUGUGGAACCAGAUGCUCAAACCUGAAGUAAUGGAAGAGUUUGUGGCUGAAUUUGUGGCAGUUCUACCUCUUCAGCCAUCAAUGCUGAUUGACUUAGCUAGAUUCUAUAGAGCUGAAGUGGCUGCCAGAGGGGACCAAUCCCAUUUCUCUGUCUGGCUCACAGGGGGAGGGUUGCCAGCUGAAUGGGCUAAAUAUUUAGGAAGAUCAUUCAGGUGCUUACUGAAGCGGACGAGGGAUUUGAGGUUGCGGAUGCAGUUGGCUUCUGUGGCAACAGGAUUUGGGGAUGUCAUCGACGCAAUCGCAGAAGAAAUGGAUAAGGUCCCUGACAAUGCGGCGCCACUAGUACUGAGGAAGGGUCAUGGUGGAGCAUACCUCCCCUUAAUGUGAAACUUUCUACUGCAUGUCUUUAUCAUAGCAUGUUUGGAUCAACUUAUUUUUCUCCACAAUCAAUUCUGGAAGCUAUUCAGAGAAGUUUCUCCCCAGAAUUGUUUCUGGCUUCAAAAUCAAUUGUGAAAUUCUUUCCAAACAUGCUAUAAUGAUUGUACGAACCACAAUGGUAAAGAAGUUGAUUCUUGACCUUGACCAAUUGCUGGUCUGGAAACAAGUAGGGAGUGCUUCAAACAUUGAAGGGUGCUGAGCAGGAACCAAACAGGGUAUAUAGACAAAAUGAGAAUAGAUUUGUUUGUUGGUAGGAGUGAGAGGUCUAUAUACAUGUAUAUUUUCGGUUGAGCAAAUGCUUGUAUAUUAGGCAAACUGUAUUCGUAGCUCAUUCUUGUUAGCACCCGGUAGUUUUGUUUUCUCCAAUUUUUUACUGGGGAGAGGGUAGUUUACUGUCGAUUUUGAGGCGUGUAGAAUAGAUCGUCCCAUUUGUUUAAUUUUUUGUCUCCAAGAGCUGUUCCUGUACAUCAUUAUAAAAAAUUAAAAAUCCAUUUGCCAUGUUUUACAAA